AUGCUUUCUUCGUGGGCGAGAAUUGCCUCUUCGUUGCUGCUGGUGUCAGCACGAUGGGCUACUGCUAUUCCAACCGCCGAGUUGGACGAGAGAGAACUCAACUCUCGUCAGGAGGAUAAUCACUGGGUGGCAACAUGGACUUCCAUGCCUCAGCUGGUUGAGCCUAACAAUAUGCCACCUUCGCAAUUCACCAACGGAGGCGUCUUCCGCGAUGCCACCAUCAGACAAACCCUCCACCUCUCCAUCGGCGCCGAGAGACUCCGCAUCCAAAUCAGCAACACCUUCGGCGGCAGCGACCUCCCCAUCACCGCCGCCUCCAUCGCCCUCGCCGCCGGAAACAAAGCCGGAGUAGCCGGCAUCGACGCCGCAACACUCAAACCCCUCACCUUCCGCAACGGCUCCUCCUCCAUCGUCGUCCCCCGCGGCCAGGUAGCGUACACUGACCCAAUCGAGUUUUCCGUCGGCCCCCAGACCAACAUCGCCGUCUCCCUCUACUCCCAGCAAGGCCAGUCAGGCAGCAGCAUCACCGGCCACCCCGGCAGCCGCACAACCUCGCACAUGCAGUCCGGCAACCGCGUCAGCACCGCCACCCUGUCCGGGGGAGCCAACACCAAGCACUGGUACUUCCUGUCCGCAGUCGAAGCCUGGAAGCCAAAGGAUCACUCCGCGUUUGUGAUCCUGGGGGAUAGCAUCACCGACGGGAGAGGCAGCACCGACGACGGGAACAACCGCUGGCCUGACCUGCUCAUCGCGCGUAUGCAGAAAGAGGGAAUCAACCACAUCGGCGUCAACAACCAGGCUGCGGGGGGCAACACUGUUCUCUCUGGCGGUCUGGGACCGACCCUCCUCACCCGGUACAAACGCGACGCUUUGCAAGUAGCAGGCGUGAAAUAUGUCAUGAUCUUCAUUGGGGUGAAUGACAUCGGCGGCGGUGGCACCGACUCUGGUUCUCAAAACUCCAUUGCGACAAGGUUGCAAAGCGCGUUCCAGCAGAUUGUUAGGGAGUGCAAAGCAGCGGGGAUCAAGACGAUAGGGGGGACGAUUACUCAGUUUACGGGGAGCGGGCAGAGCUAUAGCAACCCGACGAGGGAGCAGACGAGGGUCAAGGUGAAUGAGUGGAUUUUGAACAGCGGGACGUUUGACGCGACGGUGGAUUUUGCAAAGAUUAUUGGGGAUCCGGGGAAUCGGGCGCAGCUGGCGAGGCAGUUUGAUGGGGGGGAUCAUUUGCAUCCUAACGUGGCGGGGUUUCAGGCUAUGGCGGAUGGGUUUCCGCUGGGGUUUUUCAGAGCUUUUAAUGGGACUUUGUGA